UCUUUGAUUCUAUUAUUUUCUUUGUGGGCUUUAAUAUCACCCUCACAUUCAUUUAAUUGUUCAUUGUUAAAACUCGCUGCAGGCAAAAAGCAAUAUUCCAACUGCACCGAGCUCCCAACUCUAAACUCGACCCUCCAUUUUACUUUCAAUGCCACCAACUCCUCUCUUUCCAUCGCCUUUUCAGCACCUUUGUCCAACCCCAAUGGUUGGAUAGCUUGGGGCAUCAAUCCGACGACUACACGCAUGGUAGGUUCCCAAGCCCUCAUUGCCUUCAAAAACAAAGGCUCCUUGGUUGUUAAAACCUACAACUUAAGCUCCUACAGCUCCAUUGUCGAAGGGAAGUUGUCUUUUGAUGUUUGGGACCUAGAAGCCGAAACUGAUCACGAUGGGAAGAUGGUUAUUUACGGUUCCUUGAAAGUUCGAGCCAGUGUGGAGAAGGUGAACCAAGUUUGGCAAGUUGGGUCAGGGGUUAUUAAUGAUCACCCGCUGAAGCAUGGAUUUGCAAAAGGCAAUCUCGAUUCUUUGGGAGAGUUGAAGUUAAUGGAUAAAGUCAGUCUGAGUGCCUCAUCGCAUGCUCCAACGCCACAAGUUGCUAAUAAUGAUGAGGGAGAUGGGUGGAGGGUUAGGGAAAUAAAUGUUGCAUUAUGGAUCUUGGCUUUGCUUUCCGUUAUGUGCUUUUAAGUAAUGUGAUAAUAAAAUCACAUAUAUCAUGAAUGUAUAUAUUGAACAAUUGCUUUAGUAUUUAUUCAUAAUUUUCAAACUUA